ACUAAACAUACAGAUCUGUGACUUGUCUUCGUCAUAUUCUGAGAAAGAGAUCGAGAAAUGGAGACGAAGAGCGAGGAGAAGCCAAGUGUCAUCGAACUACUAAAACGAGCUGCAAAGCUACUCUUCUGUAACAUCAAUCUCUUUCUCUUCAUCUGCUUAUGUUCUCUCCCACUGUUUUGUUUCUUGAUCUUCUUCGAGCUCUCCCUCCAAACCACCUUCGCUUACGCUUCCCAGUUCCUCUUCAAACUACUCACUUUUAGGGAGGACUUGUCGGAGAAUGAUCUAAUUAUCAUAUCAGAAAAAAAAAAUGAUCUGAUUCCUUGGCUGGUCCAGACUAUUCUGCUCUACUUCUUUCCCUACUCCAUUCUUGACCUUUUUACCACCAGCACGAUCGUUGCAGCAUCUUCUAUUGUUUACACGUCUGAGGAAGAACCGUUGGGGAUCCUUCAUUUGUUACGAAGAUCUCUCAAAGUAUGUCAGAACAGAGUAGAAGGUUUAUUGAUCACAUCUCUUUAUGUCCUCCUUUGGUCAACCUCUGUUCUUGUUUUCUUUUUCUUGUUCUUUUUUCUUCAGCUUCUUUCUGGUUCAAAAAACUACUUAUACAUUCCUCAUCUCUCAAGAGUAUACGUAAGGUUCCACUACCAACCAACGGGGCUAUCCGACGUGAUAGUGAUUCUGACUCUUCUAUUUCAAUGUGCUUUCUUUAUAUUUCUGACCGCUAAGUUCAGCAAGUGGAGCGCGGGGUGGAACAUGGGUUUGGUUGUUUCGGUUUUAGAAGACGACGAAGAUGGUCUUGGCAUCUAUGGAAGUGAUGCUAUGUCUCUUUCAGCUUGGUAUAGAAAAGGGCAUGAGAAACGUGACCUCUGGUUGAUGUUGAUGUUCUUGGUCUUCGCUCUGGCGAUGAGGAUGCCAUGUCUAUACUCCAAAUGCAGUGAGAGUUCGAGUGGAAAUGGAGUGUUGUAUACUGGCGUCUAUGUGGGUUUGAUUUGUGUUGGGAAUGUGCUUAAAUGGUUGACUUGUCUUGCUUGUUACUAUGAUUGUAAAACUAGAGUUUUGAGGAAGAAGCGUGAUGUAGAACAAGCUAAACCUCCUGCUACUUGAGAGAGUUUGGCUGAGAUCAAAUCAAUGUUUAUAAUGGUAAAAUGGGUGAAAACUUAAUAA